AUGCAAAAAGUCCUAAAAAAGAAUAAUUCUUUUAUAUGUCUUCUCUCUAGGCCGCUGCGCCCCAACCUCAUGUCAGAACACGCUGAUGCUAUGAGGCGGUACGUAGAGGCGCUGGAGCGAGGUGACACCUUGGAGAAGGUGAUGGGUCCCUCCUGGAGAAGCUUCGUCAAGAGACCCAAGGUGGUGGCCUGGAUGUCCGGCCACUGUCCAACCAACUCCAAGAGGGAGGCAUACGUUGCUGAGCUCUCUAAAUACAUCACUGUUGACAAGUAUGGGGGUUGUGGGGACAAACCUUGCUACACAAGACAUCCGAUAUCGGAUUUAUGUUGGAAAAACGUGUUGAUGGGAAAUUAUUCUUUCUACAUGUCCCUGGAGAACAACUUAUGUGAUGAAUACAUCACUGAGAAGCUCUACAACCCUUUGUUGCACAACCUCGUCCCUAUCGUUUAUGGAGGUAGUGACUACGAUAGGUUCCUUCCUCCGCUCUCUUACAUCAACGCCAGACACUACCACCCACGGGAGCUGGCCCGCCUCCUGACGCGGCUACACCAGGACCCCGUCGCCUAUGGCAGGUACCAUGUGUGGCGCGGUUACUUCCAGGCUAAGAUUCUAGGCAGCAUGUGUGAGCUUUGUUCCCGCCUCCACACUGACACAACAACCAGUUACCACACAGAUGUUCCCAAGUGGAGGAUGACUAGCGGCCGGUGCAAGGCAGUUCCCUACAACAUGUUCAACAGCACAGUGGGCAAGGGCGCCUGGAGAACAAUCAUCUCUACAAAUUACGACACUAUUUAAUACUGGACUUGUCCUGUGAUUCUCCAAUUUGAAGCGAGUAUUUUUAACAGAGUUCCACUUGGCAAUUAAAACAUACGAACACACACUCUCAAAGAACGUAAACAGGGAAUCAGCACCGGCAAGGAGCCCACGUAUAUUUUUUGCUAUGAUGAAUAGAUAGAGGAUUCAUAUUCAAAGUUGUAGGAGGUUACCAAAUGUUUGCAAGAAUGGACAUUAUUAUGAUAAUUAAUAAAGAAAAGAAUAAUAAGUUCCGUGUUGUUUCUAAGAGGCGUGAGAAUCUUAAUUCUUUGAUUUUCAUAAUGGAAAGGCCACCAAAAUAUUUUAGAAAGCAUUAAAUUAAAGAUAUCAACAACUUUACUAACAAAUCAUUCCUCAAGCAAUGUAUGAUCUUCACGUGUUAAGCGUUUCCCCAUUAAUAUAAUAUAAAAAAUUCUUAUAUUUGUAUGAAAUCGCUAAACUUGUAUAGGUCAUACAGAGCCCGGGUACUAAAUGAAAAUACAAGGAUGCAUCAACAAGACAGCUUUAUCGUCUCCAACACUGUCCAUCACCUAAAUGUCGAUAACUUCUUUCACAGCAGAUUUUGCACAUACUGUACAUAACAAAUGUACUUCGGAAGACAAUGGAAGACAGCCGGAGUGUUAAAUAAGAAGUUCAGUGUAGGUGCAAAUUUUAUGGAAUUUAUACUGAUGUGUUUAAUGCUAAUGUGUUUUCCUAAUAGGAAUCUGUCUCUUGAUGUGAGUUUGUGUAAACUUUAAAAUGCCGAAUUUAUUUAUCAAAUUGGUUUUUGUGAAGUAGCUGGAGAAUGUCUCUCCAGAAAUAAGUCAGUGUUUGACUUUACCUAUAUAACAUCUGUGGGCUCUUAAGACCAUUGUAAAAAAACAUCAUGUUAUGACUCACGAAAUGGUAACGACACGGUUGCAAACAUACCAUACCACGGGCGGGGCUUGAACCCGCUA